GAGCACACCGUCACCUUUAAACACCCCGGGUACCCCGACCAGUUUGGCCAGAACAUACUCCUGACGCUUCAUGCGUUCGACGAUGUCCGAGGUGGCCUGCACUGCGGAACCGCUCACAUCGCAUGCGCCAUAGUUGCCUGCAAUGCCUGGGACGGAUACUUCAGCCGCACUCGCGACGGGAACGACAGACUGGACCUGCAGCACGACGACCUGAUUUUCGACAAGGUGCUGUACUUUCACGUACCCUCGAGCGAUGUCAAAUACCCCGUGUAUCCCGACUUCGCCAACUGGGCCUUUCCGCACGACGAUCUGCCUCCGAGUUGGCCGCGCGCGCCAUCCGACGACGAUGCAUUGGACACUGACGUGCUGCGGGCACCGCCUUCAUCGUCGACGCUCACGGCUGCCGUGCUCCGCCGUGACAAAGCAUGCGUCAUCAGUGGCCAGAGAGACUGUGUCGAACGAGCGCAUUUAUGCCCGCGCAGUGAAGUAGACUGGUUCGACAAGAAUGGAAUGGCCCAGUACAACAUGAACGGUCAGCUGGUCAGGGACGCUGUCAUCGACGAUAUAACAAACGCCAUUGCCCUCCGCUCGGACCUGCACACGACUUUUGAUGCCGCCAAGUUUGUCGUGGUGCCCAAGCAGGACACUUGGGUUGCCCAUUUCACCCAUCUUACCAACGACCUUGGCAAGCUGUAUCAUAAUACUCCCGUGGCUAUCGAUAAGGAGGUUUCAGCCAAUUGUCUUCUGGCCCGAUUCGCGUGGGCCAUAUUCCCCUUGGUGUCAAAAUUCCUUAUGGCAGGCGCAGCCCGUCAAGUGCGAACGCGGGUGGUGCAGGAUGGAGAACUGACAGAAGUUACGGAACUCAUCACGGCAGGGCAGGCAAAGGCAAAAUUUGCCAUUGGCCGAAGCCGCAGCACGAGUCCGCGCAAGCGGAAGGUCACCGAUAACGGGAAUGACGACGCCGAC